AUGCCGACGCCCAUACAUGAAAGCGAGGUUCUGAUACCGCAAGACACCUCUGUCGACGAGAACGACUGGGCGCAAAUAGAGCUGGGCAACGUUGAGGUGUACAAUGCCGAUGGGGAGCUGGUGUCUCUGUUGCGGGCGGAUUGGGACAGGCCCCUUACAGUGGUAGGGCGAUUGCAGGAUGUCGAGGAGGAGCAGGCGCAUUUGCUUCGAAACUCCUCACACGCAAAUGCAACAAUCAAGGUGACCAAUGUGACGCGCUUCUCCUAUGCAGAGUACAGCGACAAGUCGGUAGCCCUAUACGCACGAGGCGAAGCCGGCUGGUUCAUACUGGGAAAGCCUGCGAGGCCGUACAGGGGAAUAUAUCAAGACAUGGUCGAGGCGGUCGAGGUCAUGUACUUCUUGGUUGACUACCAUCGCCAAACUUCCAAAGACAUAUUCGAAGAGUAUGCACGAAGCCAUGCGCGUCGGUGCCCAACCCCGGAAGCGGCGGCAGAGCUCUACAACAAGCAUCGGGAGUUCCUCGUCUGGAUGAUGCUCGCGAAGAAGGAGAAUGUGACGUGGGGCGCCACGUCCUUCUAUCAUCAUCUUAGACAGCGAUUCCCAGACGUGUUUGCGGCCAUGCGUCAGAGACUUGAAGAGAGAGCUUCCGCGGAGCAGAAAAAACCGACGCAAGCGAAAGCGAGAGGAAGGCCGCGUUUGAACCGAAGCAAUUCACGUGAGCGGGAGGAGUCACGCAAUCUCCCUCAAGCAAAACCUCCUCCAGAGCAGCCACCAAAGAGGCCGAGAGGGCGACCGCGCAAGUAUCCAAGCCCGCCAGUCGAACAACAACCCCCACGUCUCACGCUCGAGGACAAGAUGGAUAUCACCCCCGUCGCGCCCAAGAUUUCAACCCCGUCCACAGCACCAAAAAAGGAUGCCAACUGGUGGGAAGCGAGAGUCAUCUGGGAGCUCCUCCAAAAGGCCUCAUCCCGAGGUCUCAUCUCGAACGACGACCUCACCACCCUAAACCUCGCGUCCGUCCUAACCCGCAAAUACACGAUCGACGACCCCCACCUCGCGAUGAUCUAUAUCCGCGCACACGCCCCAAACCUCCUCUACAUGAUGGCCCACAAGCGCCGCCCCCACCUCGACUGGACCUCGACCUACGUCUUCCACGAACUCUCCACCACCCGCGUUUCACCAAAACAACUCGACCAAACCUCGCACAUCGAGCUCAGGCAGCGCAAACGCGAAGCCCCACCGCCACAACACUCCAGCGUCUCCAUCUCCUCCGACUCCGAGAACCACCGCGCCCGCCGCCGCGGCCCAAGUCGCUCCGUCCUACGUCCCCGCGGCAGCAAGGUGCCCGGCAAAGCGGCCGCCAAAGCCGCCGCCCGUAGAGGCACGCGCCACGCUGGCCGCAAUGCCCAGCCGCAAGUCGGAGAUUCGGAUGAUUCGGAUACGGUGGCGCUCGCGUCGCCCACGAAGCGGAAGAGCGUGGACGAGGCGCACGGGAGGGCGCGGAAACGCGCGGCGAGCGAGGUGAACAUAUUGAAUGCGCGUGUUCUUGAUUCCUCCUCCGACGAUGAUGCGGGCGGCAAGAAAGCGCCCGCUGUCGCGACCGUGACAUCUAAGUCCCUCCCCCUACGCUGGAAAUCUCCUCCCCCAUCCCCCGACGCAACGCCUCGCGCCUCGCCCAUGCCAUUCAUCCCGCUCAUCAUCUCCGCGCCGCUGCCGAGCACGACCGCGAACCUGAAGGGCCAGGGCGAUACCUGGAUCUGCAGCCUCGACGGCUGCAUGCACAAAGUCUACGGCGCGAGCGAGGACGACAGCCAGGAGCUCAUCAAGCUGCACUACCGAGAGCAUGCAAGGAGUCAGGAGAGGGUCGAGCUUGUUAGGAGGGAGGGGGUUGGGGUGGGGUUGCCAGUCAGCAACCUCAUCAGACGGAUUCGGGAAAUGGCGGAGGCGCAGCAGGGUGUGUUACCUUCGUUGGUGUCGACGGGGCUGAAGUUUCCGACUGCGAUACAGCGGCGGUAUUGA